UUAAAAAAUUGGAUGCCAUGUUAGGGGGCAUGAAUGUGAAAUGAAAGAUCCAGAUCUAAGGAGCAGGAUGAACCAAUGAUAGUAUCCUUAAUUAUUCUUUGACAAACAGUGAACUCAUUUAUCCUGACCCUAAAAGCCAGCUGCCUUGCUGGAGAGAAUUGUGUUUCACAAGGUCCAACAGAAGACAUUGGUGGUGAAGUCCCUACUGUUCUAUCCUCCACUGCUUUCCCAAUUUAAUGUCCUGGAAAAUCAUCAACUGAAUCUGAGAUGACCUUGGGAAUUCUCCUGAACCCCUUGUGUGAUCCUUCAAAGCCUGAAGAAACCACAGCAGUUCCAGAGUGGGAACCUACUGCUCCUCUUGGGUGCUAAAGUCCAUCAACUCCCUUUGCAAAUGCCAUGUUGGACCCUUGCUCAGCGUACAUCAGCUUGAACGAGCCCUGGAGAAACACAGAACAUCACAUCAACGUCUCCCACGGCACGCCCAUGUGCGACAGCUACAUGGACGGGGAAUGGUACCGCUUCACCGGCAUGGCAGGUGACGCCAUGCCCAACUUCUGCAUCCAGGAGAACCUCUGUGGCACUCAUGCUCCCAUCUGGCUGAACGGCAGCCACCCUGCCCCAUCCGAUGGCGUUGUGUCAGUGCAGGCUUGUGCCAGCUUCAACGACAACUGCUGCCUGUGGAGCACCACCGUGGACGUGAAGGCUUGCCCAAGAGGAUACUACGUCUACCGGCUGCCAAAGCCCACCGUCUGCUUCCAUGUAUACUGUGGACAUUUCUAUGACAUAUGUGAUCAUGUCGAUUGUGUGGGACACUGUGUAGGUGAGAGUGAAUGUCAAUGCACCCCAGGCACUAUCCUCGGACCAGACGGCCAGACUUGCCUAGAUGUCAAUGAAUGUACAGUCAAUAAUGGAGGUUGCAGUGAAGACUGCAUCAACCUGCAAGGCUCCUUCCGUUGCGAGUGUGGGAUUGGAAGAGCAUUGAGCAAGAACGCAGCGGCCUGUCGAGACAUUGACGGCUGCCACAGCAAUAAUGGAGGCUGCAGCCACAACUGUGUGCCGAUGGAGGAAGGGUAUCGCUGUGGUUGUCCCCGUGGACUCAUCUUAUCAGAAGACAAUCACACCUGCCAAGUGCCUGUACAGUGCAAGUCAGAGUCGAUCGAAGUGGCUGUACCCAAGGAUCUGGUUGGAGGUUUGGAACUUUACCUCUUGAAUGCAUCAUGCAAAGCACUUUCCAACGGGACGCACUUCAACAUUAACUUCAAUCUCAAAAGCUGUGGCACAGCUGUUGAGGUUGCGGAUGAUAACAUAAUUGCUAGGAACACACUGACUGGUAUUCCCAAGCAGACACCGGGCAGUAAUGGGGAUAUCAUCAUCCGGACCAGUAAGCUCGUGAUUCCCAUCACCUGUGAGUUCCCUCGCCAAUAUAUGGUGUCUGAAGGAUAUGUACCCAACCCUGCAAACUCCCCGCUGCAGAUUUCGGGCCGAAAUCAUGGGCUCUUCCCCUUCGCUCUGGAGAUCUUUAAAUCCAAGGACUUUGAUGAGAUUUAUAAAGACACCCCGCCUGUUCUCAAACUCCGAGACUCCCUGUACUUUGGGAUUGAACCUCUCAUGCAUGUGGAUGGCCUUGAAGCUCUGGUGGAGAACUGCUUUGCCACUCCCUCUCCCAGCAGUGAUGAUAUUAUGAGGUACUACCUCAUAAAGGAUGGCUGCAUCAAUGAUGAUACUGUCAAGCAGGAGACGGCCAAAGACCAUCUUGCAAAACAUUUCUAUGUCCCUGUCUUUAAGUUUGUGGGAAGAGAUAAUAAGAAGGUGUACCUGCACUGCCGGGUUCUGGUGUGCGGGGCGCAGGAUACCAAGUCACGGUGCUCCCAGGGCUGCCGCAAGCGGAUGCGUAGAUCUGCAGAGAUGGAUGAUUCCAGUCACCUGAGGGACCAUCUCCUCAGUGGAGGUCCAAUAGUGAUUGAUGCUGAGUAACGAAGCUUACAGUAUCCAGAAUAUUCCACCAAACAGCUUUAAAUUUGUGCAUUAACACACAAGUAGCAAAAAUGGAUUAGUGCUUUUGCUCGUGAACUAUAUCUGGUUUGAUUUCUGAUUAACAAACUAAAAUAAUACAGUAAUAGACUAACUGAGUGGCUUGCAUGGUAAUGUAACCUAUUUGGAAUACAGUAUCUUAAUGAUAGACCUCUAUAAUUCUUGUAUUUUAAUAAAGAUGUUCAUUA